CUACAGAAAGGAAAAUAAAAAAAAAAAGAUGAAUGCUAUCAAUUAUUUUUUUAAUCCGUUGCCAUAGUGACGUUUACAACAACAGGAUAUUACUAUUUAUAAUAUUAGUCGAUUAGUUUCGUAAAAAAUGUCGAAUUUGAGUGGCUAUGAUAGCGAAGCCGUCGGCUUCCCGUCAAUCACCAGGUCGAAACGACCUGAAACGAGUAGUUCCACGCAAACCUCAGAAUAUUCCGAGUCCGGGACAGGUUGUCAAACCAACCUAGUCAAAGACAUUGGCUGCAACAUAGUUCCUGGAGAUGUCAAAGUCGAAGCGCCAAAUUAUUCCCCGCAACGACUGAACGAAUUCCUUCGUCGCGUUGUGCCAACUAUGCUAGAACAACUAGACGAGAAUGAUAGAGAAGUUCUUUGCAAUUCUUCUGACUCAGAUGACGAAGAAACUAUCACAGCUAAACUUUUUCAGGAGCUAGAAAUAAAAGUUGAUUCCAAUUUGGCAUCGGGAGACCAAAAAACUCCUACAGUCCUUAGUUUAUCUUGGAGCAGUGCUGGCAACUCAUUGGCCGUGUCUUUAGGCCACACACAACACGAAAGUUGGUGUAAUCACGAUGGCGUCAUCAAGAUUUUUACCAUAAAAAGAACUGCUGGCGACAAAUUAGUUCAUAGUCUAGAUAUUAACGAAAAAAAUUGCGUAUCAGUGGUCAAAUACCAUCAUUCUUUAGCAGCUUUGCUUGCUUACGGCACUGUAACUGGUGAAGUAGUUAUAAUUAAUAUGAGGGAUGGGUCGGACUUUCAUGAUGGCAUGCAAUUGACUUCGCCGGCGGGUUGUCAUGGCACCAAAAGAGUCAGCGCGUUGCAAUGGGCCGACGCAUCUCUAGCCAAUACAUAUUUAUCAAUUCACAUAUCGAACACUGGCAAAAGACGUGGAGCUUCUGACCAAAUACUUUUUUCUUCUGGCAGCGACGGCACAAUAAACGUGUGGCAAGUCAAUUCGAAUUUCAAAGUAUUCGAAAACGUUAUGUGUUACGCUAUAAACGGAUCCAAGAAAAUGGUCGCGCCUGACAUAAGCUGUUUUGACUUUAUAAGGGUGUUUCCUUUGCGUCCGAGCGACGAAAAAGUUUCCGAUGACGUGUUUGUUGUUGGCGCGAAAAGUGGCAAGUUGUAUUUGUGCAAGAUAAAAUCUAAGCAGAUUUUAGAAGGGAAUCUAGUGGAUCCUGUGACUGAGGUUUUCGAUGGCCACGCUAUGUGUGUUCUGGAUGUCUCAUUUAGCCUGCAAAGACCUGGACUGUUCGCGUCUUUGUCGAUAGACUCUGAACUAAGGCUAUAUGAUAUCAAUCAAUACGGACCAUUGAAAGUGAUGUGUCUAGACGUGGCCGUAUCCUGCAUGAGUUGGUUGUCCUCCUCGCCGUGUGUCGUCGUCGGCACUGACGGCGACAAACAUCAGCUAAGGGUCUACGACGUAGGCUGCGGUCGGGAGGUGGCGGUCGAGGGGCUGGCGGUGAGCGGGGGGGUCACCGCGGUCGCUGUCACCCUCGGCGGGUCGUGUCGCGUCGCCGCCAGCGACACUAACCUAAAGCUGAGGCUGUGGGAGCUCCCGACGCGCCGCGGUAGACUUAUGGCCGAAGAACAGUUUUAAGAUUAUUAUUUUUUUUUUCUCUUUCUAAAGUAUCGCAUAGUGAUGUCCCGAUGAGAAGUUCUCUGUUCUCAGUUACUCCAUAAAAUUUCCAAGAGACAUUUUCAUUGCAAUUCUUUCCUUUUUUUUUAAUUUGAAAGUUCUCGUGAAUUUCCGUAAAUGUUUCCGUGUAUUCUCAAAAAUUUGAGAACUCCACGUGGCUAUAUAAUAUAGUCUUACUUGUGACAGUUAUUUAAAUGAGGGCGUCGUGUUAGUUAGCUGGUAACACUGCUAGUUAGGGUUACAAGACGGUAAUACUAUCGAUAGUAGUACUGCUUAUCGAUAUUAUUACAUUGGCUUCAUCUGUCGAUAGUCUACCGAUAGAUCGAUAGAUAAAUGAGUUAUCGAUCGGCGAGUGCUAACUAAAUGUACCAUACGAUUGUGGACACUGAUGAUCAUGUACAUAUUACGUUUCUAUGAAGUUAUAGAUAAAUUGAGAGAUAACCACACAAUGUUCUUAAUAUCUGUGGAGGUAACUCUAAAAAAAACUUCUAUAUGCGCCGCGUCUGUCGCAUUAACUCAAAAACUCUACAAUAAAUUUAAUUUAAACGAGGUUCCUGUUAGUAUUUUCCAUAUUUUUCAUUGUACUCGCAUUUUUCCUGUCAUAGAUUAACUCCUUAUAUGUCACUCAAAAACUACCGGACGUGUUUCUGUACGUUCACCAAUAGAUUCCUGAGGAAGGUUUAAGUUUAUCAGUUUUACCCGAGCGUAGCCGGGACGAGCCGCUAGUAUCAAAUGAUUCUGAAACGGUUCUCCGACAAUUGCUUCGUCUACGAAAGUACGAACGUUUCGCCGACAGAAUAGAGGAGACAUUUUGUCGGCGAAUCGUUCGCAGAUGAAGGGUUCUGUCGUUCAAACGCCCGAUGUUGAAACAUUCGUAGACGAAGCAAUUGUCGGAGAACCGUUUCAGACUCGUAUACAGGUGGAUGUGUGAUUUGUGUGAAGUAUUUUAUCUGAGAGAGAAAAUGUUCUUUGUAGUGUCUGAUUAGACGUUGUUUAUUGUUAUUUACGUUAGAUAUAGUAGCAAAGAUGGCUGUAUAAUUUAAUUUUUUAAUAAUUUUAUAUAGGUACUUGGAUAU